GUUCCAAUGGAUAUACGUACAUGUAAAAUCGAUUUGUCUCGUACACAUUCUUACAAUCCUUAUCGUCCCUCAGAAGGUAAACCAGAGUCUACCCUUGCUCUCAACAAAUAUUUCAGCCAGAACAGCAUGUUCCGUUUGACAAAUGAAGAUCCGGACUAUACAUCCAAUACAAUGACAGACCGGCAUUGUACACAUUCUCAUCAAUGGUUUAAAUCUGGCGAUGACGACGAUGUUCUUACACCGGAAUUAGUCUCAAAUACCAAAUCUAGUCAAACAGAUUUCGAUUCAAACGAAACUUUGCUUUCCCAACGUGUAUGUGAGUUUGAUCCUUUAUUUAUCGAUUUCAAUGAGAGCCACGAAACACAAUGCAAAUUAUAUGAUCCCGAUUUUCUGACAUUGACAACGUGUUUUGAAGCAGAGAAAGAUUACAAUGUUGCAGACGACAUUUCGGAAGCUGACAAAGGUGUACUAGUAAAUCUGAACGAAGAUUCCUUUAGCAGCACAAGAGACGGAUUCCAGUACACAGACCAGGACUUGCUGGAAGUAUUGCAAUCAUUAGAAGAGUCCAUGGAUGGAAAUGAUGAACCGCCCGUAGCGGAAAGUGUAGAACAAUUGUCACCAGUGGAUGACACAAACAAAACAUUUCUUAAAGGGUGUCGUCUAUCAAAUCACAGACUUGUUUAUUCCUCACACGAUAGCAGUGACGACGAGGAUGAAACGUUUGUUAAGGUUCCAAAAAAUAUAUUAAAGGAUAAUCAGUUAUCAAAUUUCUGCAUGCAUCAACGAUCCCGGAUAGUCACAAGUGAUAUUCGGCGCGUCAACAAAACGAGAUGGUCAGAUGGAUUACUGAAUAAAAUCGUCACGAGAAAGGGACAAAAGAAGGAGAAUUCUUCUCCUUACUUUCUUGCGACAAAAUUCACGCCAUCGGGGCAACUGAUAUCUAAUGUCUUACCAAACAAAGACGGGAGUAUGUGGAUUACAUUCCAAAACAGUAAUGUCAUCAAACUUUAUGAUUACCAUGGCAACGCUAUCGACUCCGUUGAUUUGAGAAUGCCUAUUGACGACGUUACCAGCUCUAGAGACGGCAAUCUAUAUAUAUCAUGUCCGAAGUCAAGGCGUAUCAAAGUACUUACCAGGACACUGCAGUUGUACACUCUAGUGAUGACGCCGGCCUUCGUCCGAGGGAUAGCUGUUAGUCCAGUGGACAAUUGUCUGAUUGCCUGUAUGGUGCCGAACCUCACUAACCAACCGGGACAGGAUUGUGGUUGUCAAAGCGCAUGCUUGAUACGUUACUCUAUCCGAGAACAUUGCCUGGCAUGUUCAAGAAAUACAGAAUCUGUUCGUUCACAGCCUUCGGGAUCAAAGGUCGAAGGUCGAUCAAGCAACAACAGGAGCAGUAGUACCAGGUGUAUUUGUGCGAAAGAUGCUUAUUGUGUCAAGGGUUCAAAGGUCACUCAAGAUAACUUAUUUAUAUAUCCUUUCCGCGUCGCUGUGAAUGCAAAUGGGGAUAUUGCUGUAUCUGAUCAUGGCAAUAGAACAGUGCUUCUUUUAUCCGACGCGGGAAGCUUGUUAGGAAGGUUUAAUCAAUCAAAUCUGAGAUUACUAGCUAACCAUGCUCUCAGCUAUGACGUCAACAAUGACCUAAUCAUUGUACAGUCUGGUAGGAGAAAUAUUCUACGAAUAUGCAGUCAUUACGAUGGUUCUACCACCGUUAAUAAAUCAACCGUGACGGAAUUGGAAUCACAGAUCGUGACAGCCGCGGCGAUAGAUUCCGAAGGGAUAUUGCUAGUGGUAACAGGUCGGACAUUGAUCAAGGUACUCAAAAAAAGACUCACUGAGCCAAUUCACUAACAGAUACAUUUGACUUUAAUGGCAACACAUAUGGUGGAUCGAAAUAACCUGGUUUUCUCGAACUAAUAAUAUUAAGAUGAAUGACAUAUGAAUAUCGGACAUCAGUAACCGCAUGUCAGGGUCUUUCUCCUUUAUACGCGAGUCCUAGUAUAUCGCUAUAACCGGGACACCAUAUGUUUCCUCCAUAAAGUACUGCAAAAGCAUAUGGUACCAAAUUGUAUUCAUCCUCCUUGCAUCAUUUCAUCAGCAUUCUAAGCAUAACAUGUUUUUCCUAUAUCGAUUCCCGUUUUGCUCUUUUUGCCUACACCAGAAGCACUUGUUUCGCUUCCCAUUCCUCAGUUUUUAAUAUCUUUGCUUAUUGGUGAAUAAACACUAAAUAUAAGGUAAUGUAAAGUAGCUCAUUGCCAUGUAUUUCUUACUUAAAAGCAAAUGAAGGCGGAAAAGGCUUCAGAAGCAAGUUAUGAAACCUUAGUCUGAAAUUUAAGUCACAGACUACCACCCAGUACCCACAUACUAUUAGUCAUUUGUCAACAGACAAUAGUCAGCAGACAUCAGAUAACAGACACUAGUCGGCAGACAUCAGAUAACAGACACUAGUCAGCAGACUUCAGAGAACCGACACUAGUCAGCAGACUUCAGAUAACAGACACUAGUCAGCAGACAUCAGAUAACAGGCACUAGUCAGCAGACCUGGAAUGUUUCGGACCGGAGGUGAAACUUAUAUGGCGCAUGCAGAGUUGAUAUGACGCGUGAAGGACGGGUCUGGCUGGGACACGGUCUAUGCAUGGCUAACAGUAUCACACAUACAAAACAACCGAGAUUACAAACACGUAUAGAAUAAA